AUGCUGCUGCUCUCCUGGGUGGACGGAGCGGACGGCAGCGAGUUCCCGGUGCAGAACCUCCCCUUCGGCGUGUUCAGCCACACCCUCUCUGGCCGCUCGCCGCGCGUCGGCGUCGCGAUCGGCGAGUCGGUGCUCGACAUGCAGGCGCUGCUCGCCGAGGGCCUCAUCGACCACUGCGCGUGUGCGGCCGUCUUCGCGGAGGCGACGCUCAACGCCUUCAUGGCCCAGCCGCGCGCCCAGUGGCUCGCCGUCCGCGCGGCGCUCACCCAGCUCCUCGCGCGAGACGGCGCAGACCCGGCGCUCCGCGAGAGCGCCGAGCUGCGCCGCCGGUGCCUCGUGCCGCGCGCCGAGGUGGCGAUGCACCUGCCCGCAGCGAUCGGCGACUACACCGACUUUUACUCGUCGCGCGAGCACGCCACCAACGUCGGCGUCAUGUUCCGCGGCAAGGACAACGCGCUGCAGCCCAACUGGCUGCACCUGCCGGUCGGCUACCACGGCCGAGCCUCGUCGGUCGUCGUGAGCGGCACUCCGGUG